GUCCAAACAUAUCUGUCAUAGGGCCAGACACAUCUGUGCGGUGGUGGUCCUUCAAACACAAAACGUAUCGUCUAAAUGCAACAUUUCUACCGUGACAAUGCCUGUACAAAGUUUACCGAUUCGAGACUCUGCCUUCCAUGUGCGACUGCUGCAUCAAUACUUGAUUCUGCUGAAGAAUUACCCAAUUCUUACCAAAUCCGUGACGAGUGGCAUUCUCUCAGCAAUGGGAAAUCUUCUAUCUCAAGCAUUGGAAGCAAAACGAAAGGCCAAAGAAGGGACCCCAGUGAAGGAGAUUGACAUUUCAGGACCUACCCGCUUUGCCAUUUAUGGGUCGCUCAUUACUGGGCCUGUAAGCCAUUACUUUUACCAACUUAUGGAGGUGUUGAUGCCUACCACUGUUCCAUACUGCAUGGUGAAACGCUUGCUCUUGGAUCGCCUUAUCUUCGCCCCUGCGUUCCUGCUGCUUUUCUUCUUUGUUAUGAACAUCCUGGAGGGUAAGAGAUGGGAAGACUUCCAGAGCAAAGUGAAUAGUAGUUAUUGGCCUGCCUUGAAGAUGAACUGGAAAGUGUGGACCCCCUUCCAGUUCAUCAACAUCAACUAUGUGUCUGUAGAGUUUCGAGUGCUGUUUGCCAACAUGGUGGCCUUAUUUUGGUAUGCUUACCUUGCGUCUGUGAGGAAGUGAAGACUCCCAAGAUCUUCUCCCUGAUUACUGAAUGUAGAGGGCACAGGGUGUGCCUCUGCAGAACGUUACAAGGACAGGCCUGUGAAUGCCAGUGCAGCAAGCUGGUACAACCAGGCAGAUUGACUGGGGGUGAUGUGAAGGCCUUCACUCGCAUACUACAAAAGUACUACACUAAGGAAAUCAUAACACAUCUAAUGUGUUGCUCACCUGCAGAAUAACCGAUAACUAAAAUGUUCAAUGUUAAUUCGUACUACUGAAAUUUCCAAUCUUAAAUUAAUUGAAAUACUUGAGUAUCUUUGUGCCGUGGUGUAUUUUGGUUUGAACAAUGGUAAAUACAUGUUACCUAUUCUUGAAAGAUACAAAUGUAUAUUAUAAUUUAAGAUGACGCAAAUGUGCUGUAGGAAAUGAUUAUCAGUAACUAUUUCAACCUUGAAUGCAAUUCAUUUAACACCAUAUGAAUAUGCAAUGUUAAGAUUUAUCAGACCAUGAAGCAUUGUGUAUAUUGCUGACAAGGCUGGCCUGUAGUUUCCUCAUGUGGACUGCCUUCAGUUUAGUUUGAGUCUCAACUCAACUGUAAAUGUUGUUACUCUUUCUGUCUCUAUCAGGCCAAAUAAGGGAGCAACAGCACAUCGGACUGAAACUGACAAAGUAUUUUACAUCCUGAUGCAUUUGAUUUAACUGUAUUUUAUAAAUGAAAGCAAAAACCA